GUGUCCCCUGAGCCUCUGGGAUCACCUGGCAUCUGGCCUCGGAGGGUGCUUCCCAGGGUGGUGAUACGCUCCCCUGAAGUUCAGCCACACUGCCUUCCAGGGAGCUGCAAUGGAUGGGCCACCGUCAGAACUCAUGGAGCCCCCUCUGAGUCAGGAGAUAUUUUCAGACUUGUGGAAUCUACUUCAUGAAAACAAUGUUCUGACCCCCGCAGUCUCCCAGACAGUGAAUGAACUGCUGCUGCCCCAAGGCCUUGCAAACUGUCUGGACAAAGAUCCAAAUGAAGCCUCCAGUACACCAGCAACUCCUGCACCAGCAGCUGCUCUCCUAGCACCAGGCAUCUCCUGGCCCCUGUCAUCCUUUGUCCCUUCCCAGAAGACCUACCCCGGUACCUAUGGUUUCCGUUUAGGAUUCCUGAAUUCUGGGACAGCCAAGUCUGCAACCUGCACGUACUCCCCUACCCUCAACAAGCUGUUUUGCCAGCUGGCAAAGACCUGCCCCGUGCAGCUGUGGGUCAGCUCCCCACCCCCGCUCGACACCCGUGUCCGUGCCAUGGCCAUCUACAAGAAGCCUGAGCACAUGACAGAGGUUGUGAGGCGCUGCCCCCACCAUGAGCGCUGCUCUGACUAUAGUGAUGGCCUGGCCCCUCCUCAGCAUCUCAUCCGGGUGGAAGGGAAUUCGGGUGCCCAGUAUUUGGAGGACAAAAUCACGUUUCGACAUAGUGUGGUGGUGCCCUAUAAGCCGCCCGAGGUGGGCUCGGACUGUACCACCGUCCGCUACAACUUCAUGUGUAACAGCUCCUGCCUGGGGGGCAUGAACCGGCGGCCCAUCCUCGCCAUCAUCACGCUGGAGGACCCCAAUGGGAAUCUGCUGGGACGGAACAGCUUUGAAGUGCGUAUUUGCGCCUGUCCUGGGAGAGACCGGCGCACAGAGGAAGAAAAUUUCCGCAGGAAGGGGGAGCCUUGUCCCAAGCAGCCCCCUGGGAGCACGAAGCGAGCACCGCCCACCGACACUGACUCCUCUCCCCCGCCAAAGAUGCCAAUGGAUGGAGAAUACUUCACACUUCAGAUCCGAGGGCGGGAGCGCUUUGAGAUGUUCCGAGAAUUGAAUGAAGCCUUAGAGCUAAAGGAUGCCCAGGCUGGAAAGGACCCAGGGGGAAGCAAGACUCACUCCAGCCACCUGAAGUCUGAAAAGGGACAAUCUACCUCCCGCCGUAAAAAAACCAUGUUCAAGAGAGAGGGACCUGACUCAGACUGA